GGGCAAUUCUGGGGCUGAGAGCUCAGCUGGGUCAACUUGGGUUUUCCACACUUGAACCACCACUAAAAAUCCAGCCUGAAGCCUCUGGUGCCUCUUUCUCUUCAGUGUGGUCAGUGGUUAUUGCCUUCCCCACAGGCACAAUCAACAGAUAAUUCCACAAAAUGAGGCCAUUUCUUACACAUACAUCAAAAUAAAUUGGGCAUUCAGAUAAAGACGUGUCAAUACAAUCACAGAACCAAAGGAAAAGCAAUCACAGAACUGAAAAAAAAAAAGGGUUGCAGGAGGUGAAGUCUGGGUAAAUAUAAAUCAAAGGCUGCCCACAGCAAGGUACAGACAGUGAUUGAGGUGACAGCCCGAGAUCCUGGAGAUUAGAUUGAGUUGCCUGGAAUCCUGUGUCACCUUAAACAAACAAUGGGAUUGUUCUUUCCCCAUUUAUGGGAUGCAGAUAACAAUUCCUCACAAGGGUAUGCUGAGCAUUUUGGGCUCGAGCACCAAAUUUUCAAAUUAGAGCAACUUCAAGCAGCAUUUUCAGGAAUAUCUAGAGCCCUUUGGAGCCCAAAUUCACAGAGCUAACAGAGUUCACAGAUUCCCACCUCUGGGGCUGGAAUUGCUGCUAUGAUGAUCAGUGCUGAAUGUGGGAGCCCAAAAAUUCAGCUGAGCUGCUUGGCAAGGCCGUGGUAGAAAAUUGUGACAAAUGAAGGUGAAUCCUUCAUCAAGGUAACAAUAAAAUAAGAAUUGAAUCAGAAUAAAUAACGUGGAUAAAUGGAUAAUUUGUGUGGAUAAUUGCCCUGCUCACCUGGACUGCUCAGCUGGUUAAAAUCUCCCUGCUGCCUCUGUAUUUUAUUCCAGCAGUGCCCUCUGCUGAGAGCAUGGAAUGUGUGUCCCCAGAGCUUUUUUCCUCCCCCCAACUCUCAGGUAUUUUCAAUCUAAAUUCUCAAAAACCAUUUGCAUUUAAAAAGAUGGAGAAAGAAGAGCAACACUGGUGUUGGUACUGGUUUAUUAAUGACCAAGCCAGAUGAAAUAAACACAAAAUACCCUGUAGGAAAGGCAUGGUAGUGGUGUUGGCUGGGUUUUAGCUGUGUUAUCCUGGAAGAAUUCAGUGGGAAAAGGCAUUUUCUGGGCUCUUGGGGUCCAGGCUGGAGACACAGCACUGAUGUUUUGUUUCAGCUCCCUCAGCCCUCCAAACCCACAAAACUCUGCUCCCCCUUUCCUGGCUCUCUAGUCCUUUAUGAUCUACUUAAUUUGCAAGUUAAAUUGAUUCACUUCACUCCAUUUUGAUAACAUCCCUGAAGAAUUUUAAGCUGCAGGCGUCACCACCCAUCUGCCCAAGCCCUGGGCAUGUUUUGCUCUUGUCAAAGGUUGCUUCCAGCAGCUCAUCCGUGUGGGAAACGCGUUCUGCAGUUUGGGCUAUCCUAGCAACUGCCAGGGAUCGGCACAGCCCCCAGCUGGCAACCCAAAUAUUUAAAAACACGCCUGGUUAAAGUUUAACCCCCGUGACGAUGAUGAUGUGGCAGCAGGAGCUGCGCGUCAGGAGAGGAUCCGCGCCCGGGGAUCGAGGUGGGAGCUCCUGGGGAGAAUGGGAUGAGCAGAGCUGGCCCCACGGAGCAGCUCCCACCAUGAAUGGCUUCCCAAACUGCUCUGCCAACCACACCAAGAUCUGGAGUCACUACUUGGUGCUGGCCCUGGGCAUCCCCCAGCUGACCAUCAACGUCGUCUCCAUCAUCUUCAACUGCACCGCCAUCUUCACCCGCCUGGCCACCAGGGACCUGCACAAGCCCAUCUCCAUCCUCUUCUGCAACCUGGCUGUCUCUGACCUCUUCACCAGCUUCUCCGGCUUCUGGAUUUCCAUGCUGUUCAUCACCAACCCCGACAUCACCAUCUUUGGCUCCCAGGAAAUGCUGGCUCCCUACUCCCUGUACACCACGUCCAUCCUGUCCACCAUCUACAACCUGGUGAGCAUCGGCAUCGAGCGCUACCUGGCCGUGGCCGAGAGCAUGAGGACGAGGUUCAGGGUGGCCAGGAACCACUCCAUCGCCGUGGUCUUCAUCAACUGGGUCCUGGCUUUCUUCCUGGGCUGCCUGCCCCUGAUGGGCUGGAACUGCCUGCACGCGGAGAGCAACGUCUCGGUGCUCUACAGCCCCUUCUGCGUCAACUACCUCGUCUUCAUCGCCAUGCCCAACGUGGCCGUGGCCUUCCUCGUGCCCCUCUUCACCUACCUGAGGAUCAUCAUCAUCCUGAGGAAGAGGAAGCUGAGGAUGCAGGCGUGUGGCCAAGCCAUGGACACCUACAAGUCGGCAGAGACGCAGGUGGCCAGGACCAGCAUCUCCAUCUGGCUGCUGGCCCUGGUGUCCUACGCGCCCUUCCUGGCCGGCGUCAUCUUCGACGCGGCCAACCAGCGCUGCCACAGCGAGCUGUACCCCGGGGUGUACGUCUUCAGGAACUGCACGGCCAUGCUGAUCACCAUCACCUGCCUGGGCAACCCUCUGCUCUACACGCUGAGGCUGAGGGCGCUGGGGGCGCGGCUGAAGGCGCUGCGGGGCCUGUGGGCGUCCCGCGUGCGGGCCUGCGCCAUCGGCCACGUCUGAGCCCCGUGGGGCUCGUGUCCCCACUUGUGUGUGUUCCGUUCAUGCUGGGUGUUCUGUGCCUUCACGGCUGGCUGUGGGAGCGAAAUGGGGAGAAGGAGAAGCGCGGAGUUUGUUGGCAGGGAUGGUAUUCCCUCCUCUGAAAGCAGCGCUCCUCCAUGUUCUGUGCUGUGAGGCACUGCCGGAGCAGAGCAGAGCAGAGCGCUCCUUUGCUUUGGAGUUAGUGUAGCUAGCUGAGGCAGGGUUUUCCCUGGACUGGUUUUUUUUUUCUUUCCCUUUUCUGGGAACUGUUGGGAGCUGUUCCAGACUGGGAGCCGGGGAGCACGGAGAGCUUGCACCUUGUGGCUGCUCUGGGCAGCGGCCAUGCCCAGUGCUGAGGGGCUGACAACAGAGAGACCCCCUCAGGAGAGACUUUCUGAAUCUGUCAUCCCUAAAGAGCAGCCACUGAGUUUUGUCAUCUGGUAUUGUUCAUUUUGUGUGUGCUGGGAGGUGCUUGGCCUGUUAAAUAAACAGGUUUUUUCCACUUCUCUCUGAGGAAACCCUUCCCGAGCCGGCUGUGGGGAGGGGCCGUGUGGGUUUGCUUUCUGGGGGGGCCCUUUUGGAUGUUUUCCCCAAAAUUUCCCCCAAACCAGGACACAAAGCAGACACUGAGGGCCCAAACCCCGCGGGGAUGAGG